CUCUUUCUCUAUCUCUCGCGCACGAAAGCGUGAGAAUCUUUGCGGUUAUUCAGUUGGGCAAAAGGCUAAUUCGCGAGGGAAACCUCUGUGCCAUCGUCCCGCGAGAAUGGCGACGGAGAAGAGCCGGGAGGAGCGGCGGAGGAAGAUCGUGGACGGCGGAUCGGAUCGCCUGGCUCUCAUCACCGGCCAUCCUCCGCCUCUUCCCAACGAUCAAUUCGCCGGUGGCAUUGUGGGUGACGAUCAUGCCGGCAGUUCUAGAUCCUCCGAAGAAAUUGUUGAUGCUGAGGCUUCAGCUAAAGAGAUUUCUCAUGUUGGAGAAUCCGUUGCUGAGACCAGCUUAUGCAAGUCUGAGAUUAGUGGGCUUCACGUACAAGCACCAUUGAUGCCUAGAAUCUCUACAGCUUCACAAUCUUUGUCCGGUUCAAAGCAGAGGAACCAGCUUUAUUUUUUCAGCUCAAAGAGGCUGAACUCAUGUGUUCUAGAAUCAGAGAAAAUGCGCGCUUGCUGUGCUCUUAUCAUUGCGGUCUUGGUAGUUCUAUCCUGCAGUGGAGCAAAGUCAGACAGUGUGAUAUCCUCGAGGCCUUUGUACAUACUACUGGUGACAGAUGUGACGGUUGUGCUUAUCCGGAUGUACCUUGACAUGCAAAGGAAUGCUGAGGAGAGUGUGGAUGAAAGCGGGGAAUCUCAGGAGGAUAGUGAUAACUGGGGAGGAGCAGUUAAGGUUUUGGAGAGAGGAUUGGCGGUGUACCAGACGGUGCGUGGAGUCUUUAUAGAUUGCAGUGUUUACAUGGUGAUAGUUAUUUGCUGUCUCUCUGUAUGCUAAUCCUCUCAAGCAAUAUCAACUUGAAACCGUGCUUUUAGGCUAACAUUCUAGGGCUUCUUGUAGCAAGUGUUUCUUUUACACCAGGCAUCUGUAUAAUAUUUCGCUGUCUCAUUUUGUGUAUGGGAUGAGCUUGACUAUAUUGAUGAGGUGAUAAUGACGAGUUGCGUCGUGAUUACUUAGAUUUAUUUUGAAGGAAACAGCUGGUGCAACUUGUCUGAUUUUGUAGCGUUUCGGUC